UUCUGUUACACUUUUCAGAUGACAGUCAUGACAGGCACUCACAUGGAGCUCCUUCGGUGCACUCUUCUUCCUCUUCCCAUCAGUCAGAAGGCCUGGAUGCCUAUGACCUGGAACAUGUCAACUCCAUAUUUAGAAAGUUCUCUCUGGAAAGACCUUUUCGUCCCUCUGUCACAUCUGUUGGACGCAUCAGGAAUUCCUGCCAUACCAUCCAGCGCAUAACACUGAAUGGGGACACUCUCAAUUCAGAAAUCACUCUUAUAGGAGGUAACGACAAAGGGAGCUUUGUUAGCUCUGUCAAAUCAGGAUCACUUGCAGAAAAAGCAGGUCUUCGGGAAGGACACCAACUCCUACUGUUGGAGGGCUGCAUCAAAGGGGAAAAUCAGAGUGUUCCCUUGGAUACUUGCACAAAAGAAGAAGUCCACUGGACAAUUCAGAGGUGCCAUGGUCCAGUAACACUCCAAUAUAAAUCAAAUCACGAAGGUUACAGGAAGCUGCUCUCUGAGCUGGAAGAUGGGCUUAUCGCAUCGGGGGACUCAUUUCACAUCCGCCUGAAUCUGAACAUCUCCAGCCAGCUGGACUGCUGUUCCCUAUCAGUGAAGUGUGAUGAGAUUGUUCAUAUUCUUGACACCAUGUACCAGGGGACAUGCGGGGGAUGCGACUGGCUUUGUGCCAGAGUCGAUCCUUUCACAGACAAGGACCUGGAGAGGGGAACCAUUCCCAGCUACAGCAGAGCACAGCAACUUCUCCUGGUGAAGCUGCAGCGGCUGAUGCACAGAGGAAGCAAAGAUGAGACAGACAGCUCACACAACACCCUAAGGGCUCUCCGGAAUACGCUGCAGCCAGAGGAGCCUGCCCCGCAGAGUGACCCAAAAACCAGCCCUCGUCUGUCCAGAGCAAGCUUUCUUUUGGGCCAAAUAUUACAGUUUGUCAGCAGGUCUGAAAACAAAUAUAAGCGUAUGAAUAGCAAUGAGCGAGUUCGUAUCGUCACUGGCUGGCCCUCUGGUCUGGCACGGACCUCGUCUGAAGCAAAGAAACCCUUGCCUGAUAAACUGGAAGAUUUGGAUUCCAAAAGUGAAAUCAACAAGAGGCUGAUCCCUUACAGCUUGGUGAGACCCAUCCACUGUGAGCGCAGGCGCCCCGUUCUUUUCACCCCCACCGUGCUCGCCAAGUCCUUGGUUCAGAAGCUUCUCAACUCCGGAGGUGCCCUGGAAUUCAACAUAUGCAAGCCAGGUAAUGGGGUAAAAGAGGCCCGUGACUGCCAACCUGCAGUGUUGGAAAUAUGAACGUCCAUAUGUGCGCACAGAGGGGCAUGCAGUUCUGGAAGUUGCUCGAGGUACCGAAGUUCACAUCAGAAUGAUGUGUAACUACAGUUCUUGCAUUUUGAGAGUGCCUGAGAUAUCUGAAUGUUUUUGAGACGGCCAAUGCACAGAGUUAUGAGAUUGUGUGUCUGUGAAUAUUAUCCAUGUGUAUGCUGCGUGGUUGCUAGGAUGCCCCUCAGAGAUUGAAAUGCUGUGAGUGCUCUUUCUGUUUGCAUACUGUUUGCAUAUUGCAUAUCUAGGCAAUGUGAAAUUUUGAUUAAUUUGUUUCUAGUAUUCACUAUUAUGAGGAAUAUCUUCCCUAGAGCAAUUUUAUGUUUCUAUCUCAUCCAAGGCUUGAAGAUUGUGCAUUUGAUCUGCUCGAAAGACUGAUUUGCUUCCAUGCUAAGUAUUUACUAUUAAAGCAGUAUGCAGCACUGUGAUUGCUGUAGGGCAGGAUUGUAUACAACACAGCAUUAAACACAGCUGACGUUUCAUUUUUACACUAAUAUUGAAUACCCAGUGCAUCGUAUGCAGUGCUACAGUCAUCCAGACAGAGAAACUAAAAAGUUAAGUAUGAUAAUAAAUAUUCCCUGUCUUGCAACAUAAAACAAAAGCUUUGAUGUAGAGCUGCAAUUCACAAGGGGACCAGUAUCACGCAUUGCAACCUAAGCCAAAUUUUUCUGAAACUUUAAACACAAAUGCUGGAACACUAAAUCCAUACUUUAGGAGCCUGUGCUGAAGAGA